CAAAUGUUUUCGACCGACCAUUUGACCAUCUUCAAUAUAAAUUAUUUAUCCUGAAAUUAGAAAUAAAACCUCAACUCUCAAGUUUCAACUUGGCUUAAUAUUCUCGAUUAAUGAUCCCCAUCUAUAUCCCGUCCAGCAAUGGAUAUAGAUCCUCCAGGCCUGGAAACCAGCUCAGAUCAAAUGAUUAUAUGGAGCGAUGAUUUAGUGCAGACGAGGUCUUACAGAUGCAGUUUCUGUAAACGAGGAUUCUCAAACGCACAAGCAUUAGGGGGCCACAUGAAUAUUCAUCGCAAGGAUAGAGCAAAACUCAAAGAGUUUUCCUGCGAAAACCUGCUGUCUUUGGAUAUCACCAAGAACACUACGGAUUCUGAAGAUAGCCCUCCACCCGAUUCUUCUUCCAGCGACAAGUUGAGUUUGAAAAAGCACUUCUCUGAUGGUAAAACUGAGGAGGGCAAUCGUGAUCUUGUCCCACCUGGUACAGAAAAACUGAUACAUCGUCUCCCGUUGUUCGCUGAGGCGCCGUCACUGAACAGUGGCGAUCAUGAAGAGGAAGCAGCUGCUACUCUUUUAGACAAGCGUGUGGAUAACAUAAGAGUAGUCGGGGAAUUGGACCUUGAACUUCGAUUAGGACCUGAGCCCCAUGAUGCCAAGUCAAAGCAAUAGUUGGAAUUAUACAUAUACAUGCGGGAAAAGCUUUAAUCAGAGAGAAAUAAAGGAAGAUGUUUUCUGAUUUUGAUCUCUAUUCAUCAGUAUUUGGAGCAGAUAGAUCUACUCAACUGGAAGAGUUUUGAUGAAGGAGCGGAAGCAAGAAAUAUACAUACAUAUAUACAUAUGGUUAGUUCUUUCAAACUUUACUGAUAUGUAAACAUGGCUCUUUGCUUUUCCCGUUUCCAAAUCAUCUAUUCUAAUUUCCUCUUUUAUUAAUUAUGCAUAGCUUCAUGUU